GUGGUGCUCCCUCCUCUCCUCUUAUUGACUUCUUUCAAAGUUUUCUGAAGUGUAGACAGGCACAAAUCUACAAUUAGGGUUGAUAAAGUCGACGGAUAAAGACGUUGAGAUAGCAGGCUGCUGAAGAAGAGGGAAUCAGGAAUAGUGUCCGGCACACAUUAUGACCGCAAAAAGUAAACGUUCGAAGUCUGUGAUUCUUCUGAAGGAAUAUCGUUUACCUGCUGACAUGAAGAGUAUCAUAAGAGACCUCAAUAAUGGGAACUCAACAUCAAAGGAAAAGAACUUGCUGGAAAAAGAGCUUAGAAUGCAGGAGUACGCCAAGAGGUUUGACGUACUGCUGCACCUGGAGGAGUACGAACGAACCAAAUGCACCAGGGAAUCCUACCUGUAUGACAUUCAGCUAACCAGAAGCAGGGAACUGUUUAUUAUGAAGGUGGAAAGUUUCAGGCAGAACUUUCCAUCUUGUCGGCCAGGAGACCAGGCGAUGAUCAGGCCACUUUGGGAUUACCAGUGGCACCUAGCCCAUGUCCAUAACAUCAAUGGGGAUGAGGUACAGCUAAGCUUUGGCAAACGGCGGCAGAAGCUCUUCAAGGACACCAUGCGGAUGCGGUGCACCGUUCUCUUAACUAUCAGCCGCCUUACCACUCGUAUCCAGCACAGGGCAGUGGAGCUGGCGGGUACAGGCGGCUUGAAGAAGGUGCUGUUCCCGACUGGGACCAGCCCCACGCCCAGCCACGCCCCUCCAAUGGAACUCAGUCUGUUUGACCAAACUCUGAACAAAGAGCAGUCCAUGGCUGUGCGUCACAUCGUGGCUGGCUCUUCUAAGCCAGCUCCUUACCUGGUAUUUGGACCCCCUGGCACUGGUAAAACAGUCACUUUGGUGGAAGCCAUCAGGCAGGUAGAGAAGACCCAUGCCUCCUGCCACAUCCUUGCCUGUGCCCACACCAACUCUGCCGCUGACCUGCUCUGUGAAAAGAUUAUGAACCCUAAAGUAAAAGUUUACCGCCUGUACGCCAAAAGCCAGGAAAAAGAAAUAAACCAAAAUCUACAGUUCAAUUGCAACUGGGUAGAGGGCAGCAUCUAUUUCCCCGAUAAAGAAGAGCUGGAGAAGCAUAAAAUCAUGGUCACCACCCUUUUCUCCGCUUCAAGGCUGGUUACGGAAGGCAUCCCUUCAGGCUUUUACAGCCAUAUCUUUGUUGACGAGGCAGGACAACCUGCGGAGCCUGAAGGGGUUAUCCCCCUGGCAGGCCUACUGGACCCAAAGCGUGGCCAGGUGGUGUUGGCAGGAGACCCCAAACAGUUGGGCCCCAUCGUCAAAUCCCACCUAGCCAAGAAGCAUGGACUUGGUGUAUCAAUGCUGGAGCGUCUGAUGGAGUUGAAUGUGUACAAAAAGACAGAGGAAAAGGGGUACAACGACCAUUUCAUCACCAAGCUGCUGAGGAACUACAGGUCUCAUGGCAGCCUUCUAACGAUCCCAAAUAAGCUGUUCUACGAGAGCGAACUCCAGGUGGGGGCCGAUAUGGAUAUCCGCAACUCCUUAUGUGAAUGGAAGCACCUUCCCAGCAAGGGAUUCCCGCUGAUCUUCCAUGAGGUCACUGGACACAUGCAUCACGAGGACAACGCCUCACUGUUCAACAAAGACGAGGUGGCGAUUCUAAUGUGGUAUCUGGAAGCACUGUUGGAAGAUGUCCCCCCAGAAGACAUAGGCCUCAUGGCCCCAUACAGGAAACAAGUGGAGAGAAUCAACAAGGCUCUUAAGAUCGAGUUCCCCAGAAACACAGCAGAGUUAAAGGUUGGCACAGUGGACGCAUUUCAGGGCGUGGAGAAGCGGGUGAUUCUGCUGUCCACAGUGAGAAGCACCAGCCGGGACCCCAGACCCCCGUCCUCCCUGGGGUUCCUUGCUGACCCCAAGAGGUUCAACGUGGCCAUGACCCGCGCCCAAGCCCUGUUGAUCGUGGCGGGGAACUCAGAGGCGCUGACAAAGGACAGCUGCUGGAGCAGGUUCAUCGAGCACUGCAAAGAACACGGAGGUUACAUCAAGACCAUGACCACCGAUUGACGUGCAUGCACGGACACACACGCACACUGACAACCACACACACACACACACACACACACACACACACACACACACACACACACACACACACACACACACACACACACACACACACACACACACACACACACACACACACACACACACACACACACACACACACACACACACCUUCUCCACACAAAAUGAUAUUAAGGACUAAAAACCUCACAUUUUAUUUGACAUUGUUGCAUCAGCCUAUUAGAGGAGAAUUUUUUUGACCACUAGGCCUUCCCAUCGUUGUGAUGGAAAAGCUAUCAUAAUCAUAAAGUUUUUCUUUUUGAACUUAGGUUUUGUUUACUAUUCCGUGUUUGUUCUUGCCGUCCGGCUCUCCUUCAGGGUCAUCUAAAAUGUAAACCUUUGUGGUUGAUGAUGUAAUCUGUUCUCACUCUGUUCCUGUGUUAUCUUCUGUUGAUUUGGGCCUGUUCCACGACCCUGGGGAGCGUCAGGAAACAAAGGGUUACAUGGCACGGACGCGACCCCUUAUUUAUGACAUCCUGAGGAACUUCAAUCAAUAGAUUACCAUCUGGUUAACAAAGGCUUUUGGUUUAUUGGGGGACAGCUGCCCUCAAGAACCCAAUCUAAGUGUAUAAGAACUCCUGACUUAGCCACUUUAGAGUAUGAAGUAAGACGCAGGGCAAACUCCCAUCUGAGGCCUCAGAUUACUGUAGUGUAUGCCUGUUUUAUUGUUUUUUGAUGCAUGUUGUGAUGUAUCUAUGUUUGUACAUUUAUUACAAAUAUAUAGGACCACCAAUUGCCUAAACGUAUUGUGUGCUUUUUGCAUCUAAAUAUCUCAUCUGUCUUAGACGCAAACUCUUUUAAAGAAAUUGCCACGACAUCGUUCAGAAACUUGAGUUAUAAUCAUAUAGACCUAAAUAGAAUGUGACUUGUUUGAUUAAUAUUGCAGACAAAUUAAGGUGAUACACAUAUAAGUGAUAAUGGCCUACUUUGCAUUUUUUCACAAAGGCCUAAACACAAUAGUAAAAUAAAAAAAGUCUACAUAAAUGGCCUCUUGGG